UAUGGCAGUUGCACCCUUCUGUAGAGUCAUGCGCUUGCGAUAGCGACGAUUUCCGUGCGCGCUACAUUUAAUGUAAUCGUCAAUCGUCAUUCGUCACUUGGAUGUAACAUAGUGCGCUCGUGUUUCUGCAGGGCUCAUUGUAGUUCGCGCGAAAGCCCUUAAAGUGCCUAUUCAAAUGUAGUCCCCUUGCUGUGACCUACGUUAAAGGCAACCUAAGUUUCAAGAAGAAAAUCAAUGCAAACAUCAGUGGCGGUUUAAGUCAGUUACCGACCAUCCGCCACCGUCAUCAGCAGUUUCAUCCCGAUGGGUUGAGAACGCCGAGAUUUUGUGUUUGUGGGCACACCACUGACGCUGGUUGAAAGCUAAUAAGUCUAAAUACGUGUGUAAGGAGACCACACAUCAUCACCAAAGUGGAAUCCAAUGCGUACUCCGAGCCCAUCAGUCGGAGCGGUACGGGAACCUUGAACACCGAGAGAAACAGCAACUUUGAUGGUUGCUCUCCCAUUGGGAAAUAUCGUCUACACACACUGUCACUUCAUUAUUAUUAAAUUUCUAAACAUCUUUUUCAUUUUAUAACUCAGAUAACCUUUAUUUCUUAUUUAGUAGACAAAAUGAGUAAAAAUUUAAAAGUCAUAGGUGCCUCUUGGCUCCAAACUAAAAUAAGCUCUUAUAUAUUAGGAUUUCUUGGAGUCCUCGCCAUAUUAGCGCUCUUCGUUGGACAGAUAGAAAGAAUCCAGGAAGACGGAAACUAUGCGGCUACCGUGUUCUAUUCAGAGAAAACCGGAUAUCGCAUAGAGUAUUGGGGUCAGAGCAACAAUUUAAAGGACAUAGCUAAGGGAGUGGCUCGAGCCUACUUUAGAGGAGACAUUGAGACUACGGGCUGGUCACUACUGGAAGUUGAAACAGAUGGUUCAUACCCUGAUGAAAUUCAAGCUUACGCAGCUGGUGUAGUAGAAGGAGCUCUGACCUGGUACCUCAUCCACAUGCACCUUGAAAACACUAUUAGAGCGAAAUGUGAAGACCAACCGCUUGAGAAACAAUGCGAUAAAUUAAGAGAUGCUUUGGAUAAAUCUGCCAAUAUAUGGAAAACUUACGCCGCAGAACGGAGUUCGAGUGAUCCUUUUUGGCACCACGUUUCGUUGUAUUACACGCAAAUCGGAGGUAUAUAUACAGGAUGGAAACAUGGAGUAGAACGAAGUAUGAACGAAUAUGAAACUGACAUAUCCGACUUAUACUGGUUGAAUUCCAUAGCCGAAGUUAAUGAAUUACAGCACAAACUUAAUAUUACCAUAGAGGACCCUGAAAUCAGUAAUAUGCCAGGUUUAUCGAGUGCAUUUUUAAGAAUUAUUAAUGAAACGACAGAGGAUGGAACGUCUAUCAAGAAGCUGUUUGUAGCGCAGGAUGUAGCUGGAAGUUAUUCAUCAAUGACCAGAAUAAUGAAGAGAUAUAAAUUAAAUUACCAUCGUACGUCAAAAGAUUCCACCCCAGCACCGGGGUCAACAGUGGAUUUCUCCAGCUACCCGGGCUCCGUGACCAGUCAAGAUGAACUAUAUGUCGUGAAAGGGGAACAUCAUCGUUUAGCUAUUACUGGAACAUCAUUAAAGAACUAUAACAGUAAACUAUGGAAGAACGUCAAUAUUACAGAACAGGUUCCUAUCGGUCCUCGUAUAACAGCCGCUAAUCACCUCGCUUCGAACACUAGUUCCUGGGGCCACACCAUCGCGCGGAGCAAUUCCGGUACUGGCUGCAAGCAGUGGCUCGUUGUCAACUUCAACAAGUUCAAUCAAAUCAUGAACACGAACGAAGAAAGUUACGUACCGAAGACUGAAAAAAAGGAAAUCAUUACAGAGAGCAAAAUUAAUAACGACAUAAAACACACAAUAGUCCAUCGUGCUGGCAGCGGUCGUGCCAAAGGCUUACUGUGCCUGAUUGAGCAAAUUCCUGGUAGGACUCAUUCGGCUGAUCUUUCUGACGUUUUUCUUGAAAAAACUUAUUGGGCUACAUAUGGAUUACCUUUCUUUACGGAUAUAGCAAAUGAUACACACAUACGGAAAAUGGAAGAAGCUUAUGGAAUCAUAUUCUCCGAAACUAAAUCGCCAAAAGCAAAGAUAUUUCAAAAAGGUUUUAAAAACGCCACUACAUUAGACAGCAUAAUAAAAUUAAUGAGAACUAAUAACGUAACCGCAAUCAAUGAAGCCAGCACUACAGUCAAUUGUAAAGAUAAUAAAAAUUGCAUAAUUAAUGAACCCGAGUAUUGGUCAGUUAUUGGAGUUCGUGGAGACAUAGCCAAACAACAUAAGGAGGCAUACGGGAUUAUUGAUACUAAAGUCGUCAUCGGUACGGCAAAAGAUACAUCGUUAGAUUUAAUCGCGGUAUCGAGUCCACCUUUCUCAGUAGUAAAUAUAACCGCUGUUCCUAUUAAUAAAGGAAAUAUUGCUUCCAUAUACACGGAUCAGUUUGACGAUGUUCCAAUGAUAAAUGGUUUAGAAAUCAGAGACCUCGUAAAACAUCAACAGGAAGAAGCUGAAAAGAAGACUAUAGAAAUGCUUAAGAAAAAUGAAUUAAAACCUUUUCAGUGGUCCGAAAGUGAUUUUAAUGACGAAGCACAUGAAGGCCUACCUGACGUUUGGAAUUUUGGUCCCUUUAGGCCCAACUGGUCGUGGUGAAUCUCUAAACUCUCAACUAUUUAAUUACAAUUAGAUAUAUGUGUUUACUAUAAGCUGACCUACAUUUUUUUUAAGAAUAGUAAUAUAUCCGUCCUCAGAUUUUUGUACUCAGACAUUAGAAUCAUUUUGAAAUCUUUCAAUCAUUUUAGAUUACUUUUUCGUGUUAGUUGGUUCAUUACAUCACUUUUCAUAAUGUGCGUUUUAUUUUAUUUUUUAAUCGAAAUUAAAUGACAGCAUAUUUAUUUCAUUUCUAUUCGCUAUAUUCAUGACUGUAUUCUUUGUUUCAUGUGUGUUUUAUUAGUAAAUACUUAAUUUUAUAAUAAUUUUUUUUUUUAAAUAUUUUUCUGCCUGUUUUUAAAUCGACUGUUGAAUGCAACUUGUUGUAUUUUUGUAAUGUUUACACAUUAAUUGCUCGUAACACUAAAAUAUAUUAAAAUGGUAAUCUUAAUAAGAAUGAAGUGACGUAAAGUAGUAAAGAAUAAUAUCAACUGUUCUCUCGGAAAUAAAAUGUUCCCUAAAUAAAA